AGCGGGAGGGAGCAAGGGAGCGAGGGCAAGAGUGUGUCAAUGUUUCUCUCUUCACUCCGUGUGCUCUUUUUCUGCGGUUAUCAUGGACAUGGAAUCAUCAUAUCAGCAGCUUGCCCUCUAAAGGACCUGACAAAGAAGUGACAGGACGAGAGAGUGGUGUUGACAGGUUCUGAAAGAGGCAAAAAUAGAGGCGGUUCUUCAUGCCUCAAAAUUUCAACAGACCCAUCAUCUUUCGGACGGACACAUCAGAAAUUGGACUUGGGAUUGUUCUUUCACAGACAAUACAAGGUGACAGAGUGAUCUGACUUCAGCAGUGUGUCAUGAGCACAGAAAAAGAGCGCAGCGUCCUGAGUGAUGCAGAGGAGGAGAAGGAGGUGAAGGAUGAGAAGACUGGUGUGUCUGAGGAACAGGAGCUGGAGGAGCUGAGGGCUCAGGUACUGCAGCUCCUGCUUGAGCUGGAAGAAGCUCGAGACGCGUCUCAGAAACACGAGGAGGGCUUUCUAGAGCUGCAAGGUCUUCUUGAGGAGGAACGUUUAGCUAGUGCUCAUCAGGCAGAGGCCUUCACAAGACAGAUCCAGCGUCUGCAAGCCCAGCUUCGUUCUGUUCAGGAAGAGAUGGACAGUCUAGAGGAGGAGAAGGAGAGCGAGCUUCUGGAAGCGCAGGAGGAACUGCGAACAGCACAGGAGGAGGUGCUGGUGCUGCAGCAGGCGGCGGAGGAGGCUGCGGCCGAAAGGGAGAACGACAUCGCCAGUCUGCAGGAGGAGCUCUGCCGUUUACGGGCUGAAAUCUCACGACUGGAGAACACGGGACAGGAGUAUGAGCAGGAGAUCGUCACUCUCCGAGCGGAAAUAGAGAUGAAGAGCCAGUUCCGCCAAAAGCAGAGGAAAGAAGGUAUGGAGUUAGCAGAUAUAAAUACAGUGGUUUCAGGUGAUGUGGGUCAAUUGAUGGAUGAAUGUAAGAGUCUGAGGGAACAAUGUCAUGCACUGCAAGAUGAAAACACAAGACUGACUCAUAGAUUGCACAUGCUACAAAAGAGGAGUUCAGGCAGUUCCUACAUAUCUCUCAAAGAAGAACAGGAAGAGACAGAAGAGGGAAACUAUAUGCAGUGUGGAACAGAGAUGGAAACCGGAGGUUCUUAUAUGAGUGUGAAUCAAAUAGGCUCCAACUGCAGGCUGGUGGAUGCAGGUAUCCAGAAGAAUAUAUCGUUUGAAGGCAAACCUAUCACCCCCACUAGCUGGACAGGAGGUUUUUCAGAGAUCCUCUCAUUGAGAGAUCAACUCAAACAAACAGAAGAGAAGGCCACACACGUGCAGCGAGAGUGUGAUGGAGUAAAGAAUGAACUAGAAAAUCUGCGAGAAAUGUAUGAGACCAGUCAGAAGGAGCGAGCGGAACUGGAGCUAGAGUUACUGCGCUGCAGGGAAGAGAUGGAGAGGGCUGCUGACGUAAAAGAGAUGCAGAUUGUUGGUGAUGGUGGACCGGAUGGCUGAAGCUGAAGGCAGACAACUGAUGUUGAUGAGGAAUGAUGCUCAUAUAAACCAUUGAUUUGUUGCCGGCGGUCUGAACUAUAUCGUAUAAAGAACAAAAGCACUCAUCACAGCCUCUACAAUAACAUCUGGAGCUCUGUUUUUUCUGUGUCCUUUUGUCUUUUCGCAAUAAUAACCAAGACAAAAAGUUCCCACUACAGAUCACUUUUUUUCAGCCUGUUCUGAAUCGCACAUGACUGCUCUUGGUAGAAUUCAAAAGCAGCGACCGCUUACCUCUGUUAUAUUCUCUAUUACAAUUUUUCCUAUAAUAUUUCACAUGUGCUUUAUUAGUUUAGCAAGUAAGUUUUAAUGAUGUUUUUGAUUUAUUCACCAUAGCUACUGAUUGUGUUGUGUUGUAGGCUUAAAUAUAUUCAAUAUCAUGGUAAGACUACAUUGAUGAAUUCUUCCUAAUACGAGAUGAAGUGCAAGAAAUAUAUUAAUUGUAACAGGCCAAAACAAGCACUGUUCAGGAGGUCCAAAUUGGAAAUAAAAUUUGAAGUUUGUGAAAAAUUUAAGAAAAAAGUAAAAUAAUAAAAUAAUUACUUUUAAAAA